AUGAUUUGGCCAUUGCCUCUGUUGCUGAUAUGGGUGGUCUUUGCGAUGACCGUGUCGUCUGACGCGGACGACGCACAGUCAUGCUCAGCAGAAGCAUUGUCAUCGUACAAUCGCCCCGUCCAUAUAGCAGCCAUAUUCAUUAUUUUUGCCGUCUCCAGCUUUGGCGUACUGAUACCCAUCGCGUCUAAAUUCGUCCCUGCUUUUGGAAUACCACCACGUGUUAUCACAUUCGGCAAAUCUUUCGGCGUUGGCGUUAUCAUUGCCACCGCAUUAAUUCACAUGCUUCAACCCGCGACUGAAAAGCUCGCCUCACCGUGUCUUGGGGAUGUAUGGCAUGAGAAAUAUCCUUCAUUUGCCAUGCUGUUCGCCAUGUGUGCUAUUCUUGCUAUGCAAUUGAUUGAAUACUUGGCAACCACGCAACUCGAGCACCGUUUUGACGGUUUGCAUCAAACUAGCACAUUACGCUCACACCAUGAUCCAACAAACAACGACCCAGUCAUAACCGCCCAUAAUACAAUGAUUCCUGAAACCCCACAACCACCAUAUCAAUGCACGCACGACAUCAUUGACACCCAUCCUGCUGUCGGACACGACGACGAAAAUAUUGACAGUAACAACAACAAUACUAACGACGAGAACGGCCGGCCGCGCUCACAAGUAACCAUGGUGGACGAGUCAGUGGCCAACGAAAACUAUUAUGUUCAUGGUCGGCGGGCAACGAUACAAGACGAAAAAUUAGAGCCAACAUUCACCUCAUGUCCUGCACACGACCGCACUGCGUGGGACUCCACAACCAAGGGCGAAUCCAUGAACGAUACCAAGCGAUGGCUCAGCACGGUCGUACUAGAAUUCGGCAUCUUGACACACUCGGUAAUCAUCGGAAUAACCUUGGGUGUCACUGGACAAGACGAGUUUUCCGGCCUUAUGAUUGCACUAUGCUUCCAUCAAUUUUUUGAAGGAUUUGCUUUGGGCGCACGGAUAGCAGAAGUCAACAUGAUCAAUUGCAAAAGAGCGCUUGGCAUGGCCUUAUUUUUCGCUUGGACGACGCCAGUAGGUGCAGCCAUUGGCGUGGGUAUUUCCUCUUCCUACAACGGCAAUUCUGCCGCUGCAUUAUUGGCACAAGGCAUUUUUGACGCGGUCUCGUCUGGUAUCUUGAUCUAUGUGGGAUUGGUCAACUUGUUGGCAAGCGAAAUGAUUUUUGAUGAUCGGUUUAAAAAGAUGCGUCGAUCUACCAAAGUGGGGUCUUUUCUUUCCAUGUAUGCUGGUGCAGCUGUCAUGGCUGUCAUUGGCAUUUGGGUAUAA